AUGUUUGCAUCAUUUGGGUACAAGGCCUGGUUCCAGCGCUUCAAAGCCGGAAACAAGAUACUCGAAGAUGAGCCUCGCUCUGGUCGACCGACUGCAGUAUCGUUCGACAAACUGAAGAAUCUGGCGGAGCAGCAUCCAUAUGAAGGUGUGCGGUAUUUUGCUGCCAGUCUUGGCUGUUUGCUGUCCACCAUGAGCAAUGGACUGCGAUCUCUCGGAAUGGUGAAAAAGCUCGAUCAGUGGCUCCCACAUGCAUUGAGCGACGGGAACCGCCAAAGACGCCUGGACAACUGCACUCAGCCGCUCUCCAGAAGCCGCAGAUUCGACUGGCUGGACACCAUUGUCACUGGAGAUGAAAGAUGGGUCCCCUACGUCAACCACACCCACAAACGUGCGUGGUGCGCUGGCGAUGAAAUGCCGGAUCCUUUCGUGAAAAGUGAAAUCCAUGAAAAGAAGGUCAUGGUGAGCGUCUGGUGGGGAGUUCAUGGAAUCUACCGCUUCGAACUGCUGCCGGACAACAUGACAAUUACUGCCGAGGUCUACUGCGCUCAACUGCAAAGACUGGCCGAGAAGAUCCGCAAGGAGCACCCGGGGCUCGACAACGUUCGCCUGCUGCACAAUAACGCGCGCCCUCACAUCGCGAAGACUUCCCAGAAAAUUCUGGAGCUCGGAUGGGAAGUUCUACCGCACGCACUGUACAGCCCGGACCUGGCUCCGAGCGACUACCAUCUCUUCAGAUCGCUUCAGCAUCACUUGGAAGAGAAGCGCCACGAUGAUCGUGACCACCUCGAAAAUGACCUUCAGGCUUUCUUCGCCUCCAAGUCGCCGGAGUUCUACAACAAAGACCGUGAUCUUGUGAGACGUUGGCAGAAGGUUGUCGAUGUUGAUGGAGAUUAUUUCGCCGAAUAA